AUGUCAGAGCCGUUCCCCCUCCUCAGCACCUCGGCCGACCAGCUGCAUGCCGUCGAGGCCGAGGCGGUCCGUCGCCGCCGUCGCAAGAGCAGCGGGCUCGGCGGCGACAUUCGCGCGGGAGACACGGGAGCGCCGGCCCUCGCCUCGAGUAGCGCGAGCCUCGACGCGAGCCUCGACGACGGCCGCCGUCACGAUGGCCUCUCCUCCCCGACGAGGCCGACGUCGCGUCCGUCCAAGCGGCCUUCCAAGCGGCGUCGCGCCCGUCGCCUCCUCUCCCGCGUCCGCCAGACGAUGAUCAAGUACACCUUCCUCCUGCCCGCCUGCAUCCUCGCCCUCUUCCUCACCGGCUACGCCCUCAACCCGACCGAGUCGAACCCGUUCCACAAGUGCAUCUUCCUCUCCUACCGCCUCCCGCGCCUCGAUCCCACCCAGCCGGUCCAGUACGGCAAGGGUCCCUGGGACCUCGCCUUCGUCGCCUUCUACAUCGUCGUCCUCUCCUUCACCCGCGAGUUCAUCAUGCAGCAGCUCCUCCGGCCCCUCGCCCGCCGCACCGGCCUCGGCCGCUCCAAGCAGGCCCGCUUCAUGGAGCAGCUCUACACCGCCCUCUACUUCGGCCUCCUCGGCCCCGCCGGCAUGUACGUCAUGAGCCGCACGCCCGUCUGGUACUUCAACACGCACGGCAUGUACGCCGACUUCCCCCACCGCACCCACGAGGCCUCCAUCAAGUUCUACUACCUCUUCCAGGCCGCCUACUGGGCCCAGCAGGCCAUCGUCCUCGUCCUCGGCAUGGAGAAGCCCCGGAAGGACUUCAAGGAGCUCGUCGGCCACCACAUCGUCAGCCUCUUUCUCAUCGGCCUCAGCUACAGCUUCCACUUCACCUACAUCGGCAUCGCCGUCUAUACUACCCAUGACAUCAGCGACUUCUUCCUCGCCACCUCCAAGGUCCUCAACUACAUCGACCACCCCCUUGUCGGGCCCUACUUCUUCCUCUUCAUGUGCGUCUGGAUCUACCUCCGCCACUACAUCAACAUCAAGAUUCUCUGGUCCCUCUUCACCGAGUUCCGCACCGUCGGCCCCUUCCAGCUCGACUGGGCCGCCCAGCAGUACAAGUGUUGGAUCAGCCAGUACAUCACCACCGCUCUGCUCGGCUCCCUGCAAGCCCUCAACCUGUUCUGGCUCUUUUACAUCGUCCGCAUCGCCUACCGCUUCGUGAGGGACAGCACCGCCGAGGACGACCGCUCCGAGGACGAGGCCGACGACGACGACGACGAGGUCGAUGAGAAGCCAAAGCCGAGCAAGGCCGCUCCCGCGCCCGAAGUCAACGGCAAGUCGCGAUUAGACACGAGCCCACGUCCAACACUGGAUGGUCCAAAACCACGAAAAACACCGGCAGCAGAGUGA